AUUGAUAGAGGAAAUCGAAAUGUAUGUUAGGAACUGUGAAAACAGAGUACCACCGGCAGGAAAAGUGCGUUGUGGCUUGGUAAUGCUAGUGUUUCCGACACCUAACCGAGUUGUGUUUACUUGAACCGAACCAGCAGAAAUAUUUCCGGCCAGUGGAUGAUUACAAUGGUGGUGGGGUCACACGGCGCUUGCUUUCUGGCAAUGAAUUUGUGUCCUCUCGCACGUACGAAGGGCAGAGGGAGAGAGGGAAGCGCAAAAUGAGGAGAAAGAGAGGGAGAGUGAUCGCGUGAGUGCUGGUUUGACAGUGCAAGCAUUGGUGAUUCGGUAAUACUCAUGUCCCCACCACUACCACUGUCACCGAAAUGCUCUCUUUCUCUCUCUCUAACAAGGGGAGUUUGACAUGACUAUAGCUGCAACUCUUAGUGGGCGCAGAGAAGAAAAUGAGAGAAAGGCUCUCUCUCAAGCUUCAGAUCCUUCUGUCUUUGAUCUUGUUGGAUUGCAUAUAUGAUUGCCAAAGCAAGACAUGGGGCAGUGUUCAGGAUGCUCAAAAGGACAAUCUUUCUUUAAGACAUACAUCUUCCAUGUAUCCGCUAAAUGCGAGUAAGGUAGAAAAGCACAAUGCUCUUUCUCCAGUUCCUUCUCCAAAAAGUGCUCCUGAUGCAUUUAUGCCCCUCCUGGCACCCUCACCACUGGCACCACUUGGAAACAGCACUCUGCCAAUAUUGUCAGGCAUAUGCAUGCUCAAUUUUUCUGCUGCAGAAAAUAUGGUAGAGAUGACAGCAGUUGAUUGUUGGGGGUUAUUUGCACCCUUUCUUGCCAAUGUUAUAUGUUGUCCUCAGUUACAAGCCACUCUGACGGUUCUUAUUGGGGAAUCUAGUAAAACAUCUGGUUUGCUUGCUUUGGACAUGAAUCAAGCAAAAUACUGCCUAUCAGAUGUUCAAAAGAUCCUAACAAGUCAGGGUGCAAAUGAAAAUCUUCAACAAAUAUGUUCUAUAUGGCCUUCUAAUCUUACUGAAGGUUCUUGUCCUAUUAAAGAUGUAAAUGCGUUUGAGAGCACUGUAGAUUUGUCUAAACUUUUGGCUGCAUGCAAAGAAGUUGAUGCAGUGAAAGAGUGCUGCAGCCAGGUCUGUCAGAGCGCUGUUUCUGAGGCUGCAAGGAGAAUAGCUUUGAUGGGUUUUUCUCUUUCAAAUCCCAUAAAGGAAUCAAGUUUUCCUGAGCAAUCAACUGCAAUUGAUGAUUGUCGGAGGGUUGUCUACCGAUGGUUAGCCACUAAACUGGACCCUGAUGGUGCAAAAAAAGUUCUAAGACGCAUCUCCAAUUGCAAUGUCAAUGAAGUUUGCCCGCUGGUCUUGCCAACAACAAGAAAUGUUUCAAGAGAUUGCAGAGGCACGGUUAGAAACCAAACCGCCUGCUGCAAGACAUUGGCGAAUUACAUAUCUCACUUGCAAAAGCAGAGUUUUAUUACAAACUUGCAGGCAUUUAAUUGUGCUGCAUUGCUUGGCAUGCAGUUGCAGAAGGCCAACGUCACUAAUAACAUUUAUGAUUUGUGCCAUAUAACCCUUAAAGAUUUCUCUCUCCAAGAAUCCGGUUGCCUUCUACCAAGCUUACCAUCCGAUGCAGCACUUGACAGCACUUCUGGGAUCAGUUUCACAUGUGAUUUGAAUGACAUUAUUGCUGCUCCAUGGCCAUCUGCUUCUCUAGGAUCAACUGCUUCAUGCAAUAAGUCAAUAUCAUUACCAGCACUUCCAGCCGCAACAUCUUCACAGAAUGUUCAUGGCAAGAAGGCCAGGACCUCAUUGCUCUUUGCUUUCUUCAUGGCUCUUGCGGCACUAUGAUUACUCUCUCUCUCUCAUUUGCAUAUGGAUGGAGCCUGAUCUUAUGGAGGCAAGCGGAGAAGACUUCUUUGAUCCGUCAAAUUUUGCACGUAGCACAACGCAGCAGUAUAAGUAUAGGCAUUCUGUAGUGACGUGAAAUUGUUUGAAGGUCCAGUAUGUAUUCAUAGUCUCAGUUGAUAUUGUACCAUUUUUUUAAUUUACUACAAGUUUGAAUCCAUAAGUAUUGUGUAAGCCUAGCUGUAUAUUAUUAUCCUGCCAAAGUUUCUAAUAAAACUGCCUUUCCAAUUUU